CCGACCUGCUCCCACAGCGUGACCACACAGACCCUGUCUCCGGACAGGGCUGAGAGCAGCAAGCUAAGUAUCAGCUUUCGAGAAGAUUUCCUCCAGUAAAAAGGAAAACUGGACGCAAAGGGCAACGAAACCAAUGAAUAUAUGUUUUAAACGAAAGGUCGCGAUCUCAGGCAGCCUUUUACCGCUUGUUUCUUGAAGCUACAGCUGAGGGAGUCGGUCAAGUGCGGUCAACUUUGGGCUCAUCGCUGUUUUUUGUUUGCAACUUUCUCGAGGUAGAUGUAACUGCUGGUCUUUCGGACGUUAUCACGAGACGAGGUUAUUAUGUCACCGAGUUUGAACAUGUUAGCGUUUAAAUGUUUUAGUCAAGUGUUCCCGUGGUUUGCUGCUGGUGGGGGGCAUUUCUUGGUUUGUGUGUAAAGUGCGUGUUCGAGAUUACUAAUUAGAUUUUGAUGUACAUUAAAUUAGACGCUCGUGGGCUACUCCGCUACACAGCGCUUAAAGAAAAGGUGACAGUGUGCCGGUGGUGACAGUAAACUCUCAGGAGUGUGGACUCACAUUCUCACACACGAGUGAAGACGACUUAUGGAGGGGAACUGAGAUGUAGUAAAUCCGGGAUGGAGCUCUUUUGCGGGAUGCAAGUACACUCUUGAAGACUGUUGUUGCGUUUUUUGUUUUGUUAUAAUUAACAACAGAGUUUUAAUUAGGGUUUUUUGCCACAUAAACUAGCAUUACUAUUAUCAAUACAUCGAUUAAGAAGUGGUCGAAGCUUCGUAUCUCACCGCUGGGACGGAACCACAAACAACUGAUUUCGCUCGCGCCCAGACCAUGGCUUCCAUCUCGCGGGACAGCUGCUGCUGGUUGCUCUGGAGACGGACCCUCCUCGCGCUGUGGUUGUGUGCGGUGGGGGCGCGUGCAGCGGAGGAUGGGAGCGCCUUCAACGCAGAGUCAUGGCUGAGGAUGUACGGUUACCUACCCCAGGCCAGCAGACAGAUGUCGACCAUGCGAUCAGCUCAGAUCCUGUCUAAUGCCAUCAGCGACAUGCAGCGGUUUUACGGGCUGGAGGUCACAGGACAUAUGGACUCUCAAACCAUCAGAGCAAUGAGGAGACCCCGCUGUGGUGUGCCUGACAAGUUUGGAGGCCAGAUCAAAACCAAUGUGCGGCGGAAACGCUAUGCCCUCACUGGACAUAAAUGGAACAAGAGCCACCUCACAUACAGUAUUCAGAACUACACUCCCAAAAUUGGUGAGUACAACUCAUACGAGGCCAUCCGGCGGGCCUUUAAAGUCUGGGAGAGGGUCACCCCAUUGACCUUUGACGAAAUCCCCUACCAGGAGAUCAAAUAUGGACGCCGCAAGGAGCCCGACAUCAUGAUCUUCUUCGCCUCAGGUUUUCAUGGAGACAGCUCCCCUUUUGAUGGGGAGGGGGGCUUCCUAGCUCAUGCCUACUUCCCUGGACCUGGAAUGGGCGGGGACACACAUUUUGACUCUGAUGAACCAUGGACCAUAGGGAACCAGAAUGUACAAGGUAAUGACCUCUUCCUGGUAGCAGUCCACGAGUUGGGACAUGCCCUGGGUUUAGAACACUCCAACAACCCCCUGGCUAUCAUGGCUCCCUUUUAUCAAUGGAUGGAGACGGAGGACUUCCAGUUGCCUGACGAUGACCGGCGGGGCAUACAACAGAUCUAUGGUCAGCCAGACGGCAGUCCCACCCAGGCCCUGCCCACAGUGACACCAAUUCGCCCAGAGCCCAGGCCACCUCAGUCACCUCCUCGGCACCCUGACCGCCCAAGAACCACUGAAAGACCAGAUCACUAUGGACCCAACAUCUGUGAAGGAAACUUUGACACAGUUGCUAUGCUUCGAGGAGAAAUGUUUGUCUUCAAGGGCCGUUGGUUCUGGCGGGUACGUAGGAACAGGGUUCUAGAUAACUACCCCAUGCCCAUCAGUCACUUCUGGAGGGGUCUGCCUGGAGACAUAGAUGCUGCCUAUGAAAGACAUGACGGCAGGUUCGUCUUCUUUAAAGGAAACAGAUUCUGGCUUUUCAGGGAGGCUAACCUGGAACCAGGAUAUCCACUUGAGCUGGUUGAUUAUGGUCAAGAUAUUCCCUACGACAGAAUAGACACAGCCAUCUGGUGGGAGCCAUCCGGCUACACUUACUUCUUUCAAGGAGACUGGUACUGGCGCUUCAACGAGCAGUCACGCUCAGCUGACAGAGGCUACCCAAAGCCAAUCAACGUUUGGGGAUCGUCAGUGCCCUCUUCUCCCAAGGGGGCCUUUCUCAGCGAUGAUGGCGCGUACACCUUCUUCUAUAAGGGUUCCAAGUACUGGAAGUUUGACAACCACCGCAUGAAGAGCGAACCAGGGUACCCCAAGUCCAUCCUGAGAGACUUCAUGGGCUGUAGCGUUGACCUGGAUCCUGACAGAGACACGGACACGGACUCAGGACGCAAAUACCCAGAUGUAAACCGUCCACCGUUCAAUCCAGACGUAGGACGUGACAGUGACAAAGGCAAAGACAGGGAUGGAGCAGAUCGUGGAGGUACGGACAAAGACACGGGCAAAGGCUCAGACAACGACAAAGACGAAGAAGACUAUCGCGAAGGUCGUGAGGAAGACACCAAUGAGGUGGAUGUGGUGCUGAAGGUGGAUGACAGCGAGGAGCGGACCAUGAACAUCCUGAUGGUAACAAUCCCUCUGGUCCUGGUGCUGUGCAUCCUGGGACUCAUCUAUGCCAUCAUCAACACCCUGCAAAGUAAAGGGGCCCCGCGGCUGCUGGUGCACUGCAAACGCUCGCUGCAGGACUGGGUCUGACCUCUGACAUUAGGGGGCACUGAACUUUGAACUUGAAUUGAACCUUAGAUACCCCCACCUCUUCUAAUCCAACCCUCCUCCCAGUGAUCCAUCUGUCUCAAGUGUCUGUGCUCAGUGGCUCCUGCAACUCGUAGUACAUGUGGUAGUAGAUCCAUGCAAAUACUGUACUGCACACACACGCAUACACACACACCACCCUAACCUCCUCCUGUCUCCCAUGGUGCUCUACAAUGCGGUGACUGUAGUCUAUUUAUAUGAGAGAAGUUUGCACAGUUUUUUUUUUUUCAUUAUGUUUUUAUUUUGGGUCUUUUUGUGUGACUUUUUGUUGUUGUUGUUAUAAUUAUUAUUUCUAAACCAGGAAGACAAUUCUAUUCUCUUUUCAGUGUCUGCCCCGCCUUCCUCCUUCCCCUAAUCUCAGUAGGGGCAUUUUCCUCACUGAUAACUUGACAUCUGUUUAUGCUAUCUCAGUUACCACAAAAGAAAGAAAUGCAAAGAAUUACAAAAGAUUUGUAGACAGACCUCCGUGCUUUAAUUAAGGUUCAAUUGCGUUCUUUCUUUUCCCUCAUCAUCUUCAUCGUGCCCCUUUUCUUUCCUUUUCUGUGCAGUAUAAUAUGUCAGGGCUGGAUGGUAGCUUGGAGAGAAACUGGAUUUGGUCAGACAUUAUAGUUUAGACUCAAGAGGUAUUUUGAGACCUGCCAUUAGCUGAGAUAAUGUUCUUCUUUGACUCUCAAAGAUAGUGAUUUGGCUGUGAUUGUAACUCUGAAGGUUGAUCAAGAGUUCUGUUAGUCAAAUGAGAGGUGCCUCAGUUUCAAAGGAUUAUUGCAACUUCAAUUCUAUUUUUGCUGUUUUAUUCACUUGUCAAUGGUAGUAAUCGCCGUACAUCUGCCAUAUUAAGUGCUGAAAUCGGGAUAUCUUUGGAUGUUCUAAAAAAAAUGCUAAUUAUACAAACUUUAAAACAAACCCCAAGCUGGCCAAAAUAAAAUGAAGGCAGACAGUGAAAUUAUUACAUAUUACAGUUUCUUGUCACUAUAAACCGUCUUAUAGACCAGUUUUCUCGUUCCAGAAACACAUGGCUUUUGCAUGCAAUUAUGAUUACUUCUAUUGAGUGUUAAUUUUUGGUUUUAGCUUACAACAAAGUUAGAAUCUAACUGUCUGUUUGACGAACUAGUCUGACAUUAAGCCAUGACUUGUGGAUACAAAUGGACAGCUGCAGACACCACGAACAUGUAGUUGUUGCUAUCAGUUUCCUUUUCCAGUUCACUUGGAGUCCACUUGGACUGUCCAUGUAUUUCAUGCACGAACACUACUGCCAGGCAUGCACCCUAUUGCACCUGGGGCAUAGUUACGACACAGUCCCUAGCAGACUCUGGGAGAAGAAGUUUAUGUGAUGCUGAUCACAACACUGGUCUCAUUGGAAAAACAGUUCACAUUUCGUGGAUGGUGAGAUGACAAGAACAGUACCACUGUCAUGUCUCAAUGCAAAAUAGGAAGCUACAAACCAAAUUUUGCUGAUGAACACGUCAUAUGUUUUUUGUUUAGGGCCAGUGUUAGAUUUUAUGUACACAAGGGUCUUCUAGGGUUUGCGUGACGUUCAUCAUCUGCCUCAUGAGAUUUCAUGCGGACCCCUCCACAAGAUGCCCUUGGGCAGCCCAAAAAUUGGGGUCCACACAGCUUAUGCUACCAGGGCAGUAGUGUUCAUACAUGAAAUCCACAGACGGAAUCCAACCUAUUUAGCAUGGAUGGUCCUCCCAACGUAAAAUGUAAUAUGUUAACAACUAUGGUUUCACUGGGGUCCGCAGCUGUCUGUGUUCACAUCUGCAAAGGAAUAAGUGUGUUUCUCUUACUGUGACUGGUCAUGUUUCCUCCUCCAUCAGGCUUUGUUGUGGAAGUUUUACCAUAAUCCCAGAUACGGUGUCAGGAAUUAUUAUGAUGAUUAUGUUAUUUACAGGACAAAUGAUGGCUAUGAAAGUAAGACCCAAGUUGUAACAAAUUGUAAUUAUCCUCUAAGUUCAGAUCACUACUGCCUUAUUUUCUGUCUUUAUUUUGUGUUUGCACAGUUAGACAACAGGUCUACCUUCUUUCUUUUCUUUGUUGGGAAACUUUUUAAAGACCUUUGUGGUUGAAAGGUUAAACAGACUUUAAAGGGGACCUUUUUCCUUUGCUUUCAAUUACGAGGCUAAUUCUCAGAGUGCCUCUUUUCUGUCAACUCCAAGACCUUUUCUUUAUGCUGCAGAGGAGACAGACUAAUGGUUAACGUAACAAUUUAGCUCAGUGUGAAGAGAAGGAGCAUUCAUUGCGUCUGCACAUGUGAGACAUAAAACAAGGCAGAAACUAAGCCAAACCAUGGCCUUUCACUUCAGGCAGGAUGUAACACCACAAAUGCAACACAGCAGUCACAGAGGGCAGCUAAUGUACCAUGCAGUUUAUAAUGGGGUUUUUACUGCUAGUGUUUUUUAAAAGGACAAUUUAAAAAAAAAACCCAAGUGAUGACCUGUGGACUUGCUGCUGUGAAGAUAUCUGUAAGCACCAGGGUGGGCUCGGGCCAUGAAGGCUCAUGUGAGCGCAGACUAAUCCUCUUCAUUAAAUAACAGCAGGUGUGUGCAAAUGCUGUUAACCCCUGUGACCUCUUCUCUAAACUUUGAACUCCCCAAAUCACAACAUUUUCCACUCCCUUUUCAUCUUACACGAACAAAGAAAGGAUGAAGAUGUGCAAAGAAAUAUCUUAACUACCCAUAAUACCAGUAUAAAAGGAACAUACUCUUUUUUUAAAUUGUUGACAACCAUUUUCAAAUACAUGCCUAUAUGUAUUUUUCCAACCAUUUAUAUCAACCAUUGAAGUAUAUUUUCAUUUGAAAACUAACUUUAAACGCAAUCAUAAUGUAGCUCAUGAAAGUCCGCUUCCUGAUUUUUAUAUGGUGCGGAAAUUAAUAGAAACCAUUGGAUGUCAUGGAACCAUAUAUUGAAAAUCUGUAAAAUGAUUACUACACUGUUGAAUAGUACUAACGGGGCUAAAAUGUGUAAGAUUGAGGAUGUUGUGCUGUGUAGCAUCAGCGAAAAAUGUGAAAUUAUUAUCACUAUUAUUAUUAGUAUCAUAAAUUCAAGUCUGAAAAGCAGGUUAAAAUGAGUAUGAGUGAAAGGCUUUUGAAGUUUGACUUCAAAUAUAAAUGGGAGGAAGGCUUAUCUGAAGUAGCAUUAAGAGAGGAGGGCUCAGCACACCCGGCUCAGGUUACACAGAUGUGGACAGGGAGGGUGAGGAGAGUCUGAAUUUCCUGCAGCUGAGACAAGGAAAGGGGGGAGGGGGGGAGAGGGAAGGAGGUUGACCUCGUCUCCCUGAACUUGCAAAGUUUGGAUCUCAGGAAUAAGGAGGGGUGGGAGGAAAAGGAGUAUUGGCAACAGCCCAUGUGACCCAAAUUCUACUGCUAGCUCCACAACAGUGCUGCCCAAAGAUAAAACUUCAGUUUACAGUAGGUGACAGACCUUUUUUAGGAAAGUGCUUAUCCAGCCCAAUUACAUGUUUGAAAACCUGCAUUUUGGUCGCAUUUGAGGUUCAUCUCAGUCCUCUGUGCCAGUCAGACUGAAGAAUGAACACUACUUAGGGUUCCCACAAGGUGAAAACAGGCUGAAGUGAGACACCUAUGCAGACAGAGUUAAAGUUAAAUGGAACAGUGAAAGGAAGAGAAGGAAGCACAGACUCAGCCGUCACCAGUAGUCUGGAGAUUGAUCUGAGGCAGGUCGAUAGCGGUUGCCAGGAAACGAUGUCCAUCGCUCACCUCCUCAUCAUCAGGGUUGUGUGUGUGUGUGGAGGGAGGGGGUUGGCGGACGCAGCUAAUCAGUGUUAAAAGCACCCUCCUCUUCUCUGCUGUCCCCUGUCCUGUCUGCUCUUCCAUUGGUCCUACAGGCACAUCAGUAAGUACUCAGCGUCUGGACAGGCUCAGAAACUGCCGACUCAUUGCACUAGACACAAAGUUAUAUAUGGAGCUCUUCUUUAUCAAACCUGCUUUUCGCUUCUGUAACAGCCAAACACAGAGCCACAGGGAGUUCAAAGCUAAAAUGGCCACUUCAAAGUGGAAAAAGUCAAGUUUACCUGACUUUCCUUUCCUUGAAAUCACUGUUUCAGCAGGUUUUCUAAGACAACACUGACGAGGACUGAGUUUAGUUCAGUCCAUUGUCUCAGGACACUGAGCAGAGAAGAAAUAUUGAAAGGUUUGGAAAGAAAUCUUUCAAGGCUGAGUGAUGCAUUUUUGUUUGUGCGUGCACCCGCGCGCGUGUGUGUGUGUGGAGGUGUUCAGUUAAUCAGUUCUACUUGCCAUAAGCGAGGCCUGUUUUCGGACUGUAAAUCUCCCACACUCUCUAUCCCCACCCCUCGGCAUACUUAGCCCAGCCUUCUAAGCCCGAGGGGAUCAUAAUAACAACAAUGGCCUUCUCUCUCUUCCACUCUCUUCCUCCUCCCCCCUGUUUUCUCUCUCUCUCUCUCCCUAAUAAAUAGACACACAAACACAUUAUUGUCUCUCCCGACAUCUAGUGUCACUCUGCAAAGUCAGUUUGUUCAGCAACUGUGGAGGGAUUCACUUACAAAACACUGUACCUGUCAGGUUUUUUGGUUUGUUGAAUGCGGCCUGGACAACAACAUGCCGCAUUCAAGGUUGCAAAGGAGGAAGUUCUUUUAUGUUACAGCCUUGUUCAUUUUGAAGUGCAGGACCUUGAUGCAAAGUUUUCGUAAGGUUAGGACAUGCUGAGCUUGUCUGAGCUUUCAUCUCUCUCAGGAUGUGUUUCUGUAAACACUGCAUGCUAAGCCUUCCUCCCCCCCCUUUUUUUUAAUGAGCAUCUCUGUUAAAAGUCUCCCCAAUCAUUCAGAAAGUAGGUAUUCUUGCAGCUGUGUCUGUCCUCCCAACACUAUGUACUUUUUAUCUUUUAGCUUCCCACUGUCACCGCGUAUUCCUGCACUGCUAAUAACUGCAAGCUUCAAAAAGUCAUUGCAUCAGCCCUGUGCGAAAUCCCAAACUCUACCGGGAUAAACCAGAUCAAUAAAUAACAGACUGAAAAAGAUCAAAGGAAGAAAAAAAAAAUCUGUUGAACGUGACAGACUGUGUUCUGUUUCAGUUUCAUUUGAGUCGAUUUUGUGGCUUGCACUGACUCGAGCCCAAGGGAUUGUGGGUUGUCCGGAUGCUUCUCUCUUUUCCCAGAGUGCAUCUCAAGUCGCUCACUGAGCUCCAUCCACUCUGGAACCACGCAUUUUAAAUGGUCACUUGGCUAACUCGACCACUCGCCGUGGGAUUGAAACAGAAAAAAAUGGUUGAUAAAUGACUCUCAGUAUCUGUGUCAUCGCUCUGACCCGGACCAGUGCAGUGGAUCAGCUCUCAUUGUGCUUCAGACAGGCUUUGAAACUGUUUAGCAGCCAGCUUAGGAAAACUGUGUCCAUCCACUAACUGCAGCUACAGUAGAGAGUAGAUUUUGUUGGAUUCAGUAAUUCUGUACUGACCAUCAGUAGUGGAACUCACACUAGAUCCUUGUGACCUUCUGUCUUCAUUACUGGCUGAGUAGUGGUUCAGUGAUUUUCUGACAAAAGAACAAAAAAAACUCCCCUCAUCCCUUCCUGGGAUGAAGUGGAGGGGGAGAAAAAAGAAAGCAGUAGCCGAUUAAAACAUUUGAGGUUACUGUUUGUCUGAUAAUUUGUCUUAUUUUGAUUUUACUUUGUGCAUUUUUUUCUCUCAAAACUUGAUACAUUUUUUUGUUAAUAACAUUCCAAUUAGUUUUUGGAUUGGUUGCUAGUGUGUGUUUUUGUUUUAUUUUAUUUUAUUUUUUAGAAAAUGUAAGAUUUUAUACAUUUGUGUUGUGUGUUCACCUCUAGUUGAGUGUGUUAACAAGCCAUGCUGGACAUGUACACAUUAAAAAUUGCUUUGAAAAUCUU